AUGGCUAUGAGACUAAUCCAAGCUAUGGGCAUGCACCGCGACGGUGCGCGCUGGAACCUCCCUGCUGAGGUAGUAGAGGAGCGUAGACGCGUCUUUUGGGAAUGUAAUACUGCCGAUAUUUUCCAGGCCAACUGCUUUUCUCGACCGUGUACAAUGUCACCCGAUUAUAUAGAUACCGCUUUUCCAGCCAGCAGACGAGCACCUUUUGAGAAAGAUUUUUUCAUUCUCAAGUUUGAACUGACACAAAUCUCGGUCUCCAUCUUGGGUAACGCAAUGCAAGUGAAGGCGGCACCGUAUAGCACCGUUGGGGAGCUGCAUCAACAGCUAAGCGAUUUUGAGCGGCAAAUUCCGUAUAAUUUUCGAUGCAGAGCGGCUCUCUUGUCAAUGCCAUCCGUGUACGCGGAUCCUGUCGGGGCUAUACGAGAGAGUCCGCCGGCUUCGCAAGCUAAUCUGAUCAUCAAUCUACAGCAAUCAACUCUUGCCAUCAAUCUUUCCGAGACCCUCCUCUUCCUGCAUCGACCCUACUAUGCGCAAGCCUUACAUGACCAAUCUGAAGAACCCACUAAAUCCUCCUUUGGACCUUCUUUCCUCGCAGUCGUAGAGCGGUGUCAUACCAUCAUCAGUGUGGUUACCAAUCUCUUUUCUCUUCACCCAAAUGUCUGCGCUCGCCAUUGGUUUCUCUGGUAUCAUGCUUUCAAUUGUGCAGUAUGUCUCGGGACGCUCAUCUUCCGAAGCCCGCAAAACGCUCUGGCAGGAUUUGCCCUAUCCCAGAUUGACGCUACUAUUGCCGUCUAUACCGCAGGGGUUCAAGGCGGCACAUCGAAGCGCAUGCUAAACAACCUGCGCUGGCUUCUUCGACUCAGAGCCCAAGCUGCCCGGAAAAUCGAUCGGACAGUCGCUCCGGAUAUGCAAGCGGAGAGUACGGCCGAUAGCGACGACGAGAACAUCGAGUUGAUUGGAUGGAGAACGCGUUUGAUUGAGCGAGUAUCCAAGGGGUCUCAAAAAGCCAGGACCAUUUCUCACAACACGCCCAGCGUAUCUGGCGCUACCGAAUCGCCAAACGCCGAUGUGAACGAUACAGUAUCUAUCGCACUGCAGCAGUUGUUGGGGAACUCGCAAGGACAGGGACAGGAGUUUCACAAUCCGGCACAAUCUGGAAGCGGUGUCAACAUAUCCUCCAACGAGCUUUUUGAUACCUCGACAAACGAUCUUUUGCAUCAAUUCUGGGAUCCCAUGAUGCUGCAGGAAAUACCUGAAUCUUCUGGACAACCGACUGCGGGGACAAAUUGGUGGGACUGGGACGCGGGAUUGGGGGCAGACCAGGGAGCAGGAGGUGUAUAA